CCUCGGCUUCUUUGCCCGCACUGUCCCCGCCGCCAUCGCCGCCGCCGCCGCCGCCGCGGGCUCCUUGUCCCGGCCCACAGUCGCCAUGAACAAGAACGAGUUAAUUGAAUACUUUAAAUCCCAAAUGAAAGAAGAUCCGGAUGUUGCCUCUGCCGUGGCUGCAAUUCGGACUUUAUUGGAGUUUUUGAAGAGAGACAAAGGAGAGACCAUUCAAGGCUUGAGAGCAAAUCUCACCAAUGCCAUCGAAACCCUGUGUGGUGUUGACUCUUCUGUGGCAGUCUCCUCAGGCGGGGAACUCUUCCUGCGAUUCAUCAGCCUCACCUCCCUGGAAUAUUCUGAAUACUCCAAGUGUAAAAUGAUCAUGAUCGAGAGGGGGGAACUCUUCCUGCGGAGAAUAUCGGGCUCGAGAAGUAAAAUCGCAGAGCUGUGUCACCCUUUCGUCAAAGAUGGAGCUAGGAUAUUAACUCACGCCUACUCAAGAGUGGUCCUGCGAGUCCUGGAAGCCGCAAGCGCAGCCAAGAAGCGUUUCAGUGUUUAUAUUACGGAAUCACAGCCAGACUUAUCCGGGAAGAAAAUGGCAAAUGCCCUCAGAAACCUGAAUGUCCCAGUUACUGUGGUUCUGGAUGCCGCAGUUGGAUAUAUCAUGGAAAAAGUGGACCUGGUCAUAGUUGGUGCAGAAGGAGUUGUUGAAAAUGGAGGAAUCAUUAACAAGAUCGGAACCAAUCAGAUGGCAGUCUGUGCCAAAGCACAAAAUAAACUUUUUUACGUAGUGGCAGAAAGCUUCAAGUUCGUUCGACUCUUCCCUCUUAAUCAGCAAGAUGUCCCAGAUAAAUUCAAGUACAAAGCAGAUACACUGAAGUCAAAGAAAACCGGGAAAGACCUCAGAGAGGAACAUCCAUGGAUCGACUACACUUCCCCCUCACUGAUAACUUUACUAUUUACAGACCUCGGGGUAUUAACGCCCUCAGCGGUUAGUGACGAACUGAUCAAACUCUACCUAUAACUGGUGGAUUCUCUUUCAAUCUCCAGCGUGGGCAGGGUCAUCGACCAGUCAGGCCCUUUCACUGCCAUGGCCAAGUCUCAGUUAACAUUUUCAAGAUUUACAAAUUAAGCGGAUAAAGGGACAGAUCCUCAAAGUCUCCUAUUUUGGGGUUCAUUCGGCCUUGCUGAAAUCACAUUUGCAUUUUUUCCUUGCAAGAAAAGUUAUGUUCCAGUUUUCCCCCAAGCCGUGUUAAUUUCCAGGGAUGCAUUUUAGUCUUUCAGUUAAGAAUUCUCUAAAAGAUGAUCCAAUUCCGCCUCCUCAUCAUCAAAAGUAUCUAUUGAGCACUUACUCUGUGCAAAGCACUGUACUAAGGGCUUGGGAGAGUACAGUACAGGAGUUGGAAAGCACACUGUGGGCUUCAUCCUCCGCCCUAUACUCCGGGGACUUGCAGAACCACAGGGGCGAAGGUGGUGGGUGCCUUUGGGGAGGCACUUCAGACAGAAAGAAGCUACCGUUUCAUCAGGUGACUGCAGCGGCCCUGGAUGGACCCUACGUAGUGUGAUUUGUCAGGCAAAAUGUGUUUUUUCCAAGUUCAUGUUAAACUUUCUGGUCAAAAAGUCUCCAGGGCCCCCGUGGUCUUCUCCGGAGGGAGGCUCACCGGACCCAGCCUGGAAGGGCACCCAGACGACACUUAUCCAGAUGGAGGCGGCCCCCUUUCACUAAGGCUGUGACAGUGACCACCGGAGAGCGGUGCCUGAGGAGGAGGGUUUUCGUACUGCCGUCUGGAGAAGUAUCGCAAGACACUGACGUCCUCUAACACGAGGGGGAUGCCGUUCAGGGUAAAGAUGAUGUUUUGGGGGCAGAAAGACCAUCGCUUCAAAUAAACUCUACUGAAGGAUUUUAAA